AUGUUCUACUCGCAGAUUAUCUUGGCCAAGAAGGGUCCUCUAGGCAAGAUCUGGCUCGCCGCGCAUUGGGACAAGAAGCUUAACAAGCAGCAAAUAUUUACGGCUGACAUUCACAGUUCUGUGCAGAGUAUUGUCAAUCCACAAGUUCCUCUUGCUUUGCGUGUUUCUGGCCAUUUGCUGCUUGGAGUUGUGCGCAUUUACUCGCGCAAGGUGAAGUAUCUAUACUCGGACUGCAGCGAAGCGCUGGUUAAGAUUAAACUUGCCUUCCGUCCUGGCAUUGUUGACUUGCCCGCAAACAACCAACAGGCGUCUUCGCACGCCAUUAACGUCUCAAACUUUGGCGAAUUUGAGGCCGAAGUCACUUAUUCAAUCGAGUCAAUUCCUGUGCCCUCGCUUGAUGAAUGGAUCGCUGCGUCUAGCCAGACGAUGGCAAAACGCCAGGAUAUUACACUAGCAGAUUCUCUAGACCUGCAUCGUGGGUCGAACGCUUUUGCAGAAAGAGAUGUCAUUGCAAUGGAAGAUUCCUUUGGAAAUGAAGGAGAUUGGCAUGCAUUUGAUUUAGAGGACAAUUUUGGUAGCUCGGGUAUGGAUAUGAGUACCGUCAGUGACAUUGAAGUGGCGCGAGAGGCUGAUGCUCCUAUUUUACCAUUAAACGACUCGGGUCUCAUUAAUGCGGAAGAUAAAUCAACAGACAAAAGCUCACUGUUGAUAAAUGAGGAGCAGCCUGAGUCUGGCUUUCAUGAUAUGCCAUUCGAAAUACCUGAAAAUGAUCUGGAGAAGGAAAACUUAUCAGACUCAAUAAGUGCUCACGAUACUAGUGCAGAUCUUAACGUAAGUAUGAAUGGGUCGACACGCGCGUCGUUGGAUGCCGCACUUGUAAAUAUGGAGGCUGAGACAAACAGACCGAAAAAGAAGAGGAAAAUUGCUCGAGAUCCCGUCACAGAGCUCACGUCUGCCUUUGUGAAACAAGGAAUGGAAGACACAUCUGACAUCACGCGUGCACGAGAUAUCAUAUUUGAAACAGCUGGAAAGAAGCAGGAGUUUGACUUGCAAAUUGGAUCUGAUAUGUUUCAUCGACCGUGUAUGGCAUCUAUGUCGGAUGAACUCUUAAGUAUGUUUAAAGUGACUAUGAAGAAGCGCAAAUUUCCAUUCACUGUGAAACAAAAAAAGUCGAAUGAAGUGGAAGAUGUGGAGCUGACGCGACGAAUGAGCGCAAACUCUCGUAUCAGCAUGAGUUCGAGUGGUCUCGAUGUAACGACAGGAUCCUUUGAUGCCUCCAUGUCGCAGGAUGUUGAGGAUGCAAACCACUUUGAAUUUGCCGAAAUGGACAACACAAAAUUAGAAAAAAUGGACGAUGAUCUACCAGAUUACGAUAUUGGUGCUCCAUUCGAGCCUGAAGAGAUGCAAGACACAAACGAUUUCGAUGCGAAAAUUGAGCUAGGCGCUGUCAAUGACAUUCGAAGCGAUGCUGUUGAUCUAGAUGGUGCAGAUGCGUCAACUGUGCAGCACAAAUGGCACCCGCAUACUGUCAAAGUAAUGAAAGUCCUGCGUAAAUCGUUAGACCAUAAAGACAAGAUCACGUACCAGCAGCUCACGAAAAAGACUCGAGACCGUAGAACAGCAGCUGCUUUGUUCUUUGAGCUGUUGCAACUCAAGACGCUUGACUAUGUCGAUGUGGAACAAACGGCGGCGUACGCAGAUAUAACGAUUUCCAAGGCAACUAGGUUCUCCGAGUAUAUUCCUGCUAUUGAUCGCGUCGUCGCGUGA